AUAUAAUCUCUGUUUGUAUUCAUUCGUGUAUGAAGAGUAAAGGUAAACAGAGGUGGCACCCUACAAGCUUAAGUAUAUGAGUGGCAAGCCACUCACAUGACCUAAAGCAUAUAGAUCCACCAGGCUCUCGUACAAGGUGCUAUUCACCAGAAUUAUAUACCGACAGACGGAAAGUAUAAUUCCUGAGAAAGUCGCUAACAUGAUUUUUCACUUCAUAAUAACGUUUGUUUUUGUAUUUUGCUCAUAUGAGUCAAACAGAAACUUGAUCCGCGGGACCAUCUUUUUCCGGAAAGGACCCGAGAUCUUAUUGCAAGAAUAUGUAAGUACUUGGAAACCCAUCCUUGGUCUCAAAUUAAUGACGACUAAAACUCGACAGGUCAACCGUAUAUUGUUCAGACCCCGGAGGGAAAAGAUAUUGUGCUCUCUUCGGAAAUACACGUAAAGGAAUUGGGUCUCUUCAUCACCAGUGAAAUACUCCACCAUAGUCCUGGAAUUUUAGCGUCGUGAGUAAAGUAAUGAUUCAGCCAUACCUAGCUAUCGCUCACACGAUAGCAGUCCUAUUGCAUACCUCACCACUAGGGGCCAUCGCUCUCUAACAGGGCUUCGAGCAAUACUAACACCGAUAGUCGAACAUGGCUUAGAGACUGCUUGGAACGAUGAAACUGACAGUUCAAAGAAGCCUGUAAGUCCCCUCAAGAAAAGGAGAGAAAAGAUAAGGGAGAAGUUUGUCUGACAAUCUACGCAGAAGGCUUAUAUUGAGCAUCUCAUUCAAUUCUGUCAAAAAAAGGGCGAGUUUUCUGUCUCUGAUAUUGUCCAACAAUGCCUGGCAAUAUGGCUAGCAGCAAUGCACCAACCAACUACAGUAAGUUGAUUACUGCAUCACUGAAAACACACAAUCCUAAUGCCAUUCCAGGCUGUCGUGUUUCUUCUCUUUGAACUUUCUUUACAUCCAGAAUAUCUUAUGCCUCUUCGCAAGGAGAUCUCGCAACACGCAGGCGAUGAAUUUCCACAUUCAAAACAUCUGCCACUUCUAGAUAGCAUAAUGCAAGAGUCAGCUCGACUCAAUAGCUCAGAAACAAGUACGUACAUAAUUCAAUCUUUUUCCCUUUUUCUUUUGCCAUACUGAAUGCUAAAUAUUCCUUUUUAGUUACUUUAAGACGGAAAGCGACCAGUAAAUAUACUUUCUCCGAUGGGAUGAAAGUAGAAAAGGGACGUACAGUAUAUGCGCCUCUUAGAGCAAUGGGUCGCGACCUGAGUCAUUUUCAUGAUCCGGAAAGUUUUAUCGGUGAUAGAUUUCUGCAGAGCGGAAAUCUGAAGCCGAAAGAUUCUACGAAGGGGUCAGAAUACACAGACAUCACUGCUAAAUAUCCAUAUUGGGGAUAUGGCAUAGACUCUUGGUAA